CGAAACACAAACCGGAAGCGGCUGGCCAGAGUUUUCCCCGGACAGCCAUUGCGGUGUCGUGGCUCAGUAGCAAAACACGAAACAGGGAGAGGAAGACCUGGCGUACCGCGGGCUCUCUGUUUUCUGCACCGGGAGACCAGUUUACACUCACUGUAUAUUAUUACACACCUAAACACGGGAUUUAACAGCUCCGGAUAUGGCAUUCAUAUUAGAUUGGAUUUCUAGCGGUUUCAAUAGCGUACUACAGUUGUUAGGACUGUACAAGAAAUCCGGCAAGUUAGUAUUUCUUGGCCUGGACAAUGCUGGCAAAACGACGCUACUGCACAUGCUCAAAGAUGACAGAUUGGGACAGCAUGUGCCAACUUUACAUCCAACCUCGGAAGAGCUGACGAUUGCUGGCAUGACUUUCACCACUUUUGACCUUGGAGGCCACGCACAAGCCCGCAGAGUAUGGAAAAACUACCUCCCUGCCAUCAAUGGUAUUGUCUUCCUUGUGGAUUGUGCAGACCUCAUCAGAUUGGCUGAAUCAAAAACAGAACUUGAUGCUUUAAUGACAGAUGAGACUAUCGGAAAUGUGCCUAUCCUGAUCCUGGGCAACAAGAUCGACAGACCAGAGGCCAUCAGCGAGGAGAAACUGAGAGAACUCUUUGGAUUGUACGGACAGACGACAGGCAAGGGCAACAUUGCCAUGAAGGAGCUGAACACAAGACCACUGGAGGUGUUCAUGUGCAGCGUGUUGAAGAGGCAGGGCUACGGCGAGGGCUUCCGCUGGCUCUCCCAGUACAUCGACUAAAGCAGCCAAGCCCCACAACACACCGAUGCCACCACCACCACCACCACCAUCAGGGGGGGAGGGAGGGAGGGAGGGAGGGCGUGCUGAACCCCAAACCACUCAAGAAGCCCACCGUUGCCACCAGUACCAUCUUACUCAGCCCCAUGUUUGGUUAAAAACAAGUCUGCCUCCACCGUCAGAGAAACCAGUACAACUUGAUCCCAAUAGACUUUUUAUUGGUCGAACAUUUGGUUCAGCACUUACAGAAUACACACACACACACACACACACACACACACACACACACACACACACACACACACACACACACACACACACUCUCUUUCUCGUUUCCAUCUCUCUGUCUUUUUCUAAGAGAGUAACAUAGCAUUGGUUUCACAGAAAAAGGUGUUCAAAUUCCAACAGAUGAAUCUUUUCUAUAAUUGUGUCUGUCGUUUGCUGCCCUCUCUCUCGCUCGCUCUCUCUUUCUCUCUCUUUCUCUCUCUCUCCCCCUGCCCUUCCUGCCAUCUGUUGAGUGUGAUGAUAGAAGCAUUAUAACUGUAAAUCUGUACAUGAAUCCAUUGGUAUAUCAACACCCCCCCCCCCCCAGAUUUCUCUCCCUCCCUCCCACCUUCGUCAACUCAUUUUGAGCAAUGAGAGACAGCAGCAUCGUUGUAUACAUUGCAGUACACUUUUUUAACAGUAAAGACAUUCAUUCAACAUUGUAUUUAAUCAACACGUUUUGGUUUGUCCUUUUUUUUUUUUUUUUUCUUUUUUUUUUUUUUUUUUUCUACAUAAUUUCCGUAAAUGAACUGCGUGGCCGCGUAUACAGCCGUCACUAUAGUCGCGUGGCUGUUUCACCCAUUUAUUAUAAUGGACCAGUGCAUUUAUCUUAGCGUAUCAGAAAUGAGAUCCAUUUCUUUAGGUUAAAGUUAAAGUUAAAUAAUACUUUUGUUCCAGACUUCUAUCUUUGGGGCACAAUAGCGUUGAACGGAUCCAAGUAGGCUGUGAGCUCCCCCUUUACAAAAAGGAAAAAAAGAGAGAAGAGAAGCACGGGGUGGUAGUAUCGCAGAUGGCAGAAUCAUUUUAAUAGAAAGUAAUGCAGGCGAUAACCCGGGCGAAGUUUGAUGAGAAAGUGUAGAUAGCACAUUGGUCAAUUAUUAAAACUAUUUAAGUAAAAGGAUGGUGGGGAUAAUUGGCGUGAUGAUAACAUGCAGUAAGAGAUGAAGGGAGGAAUAAACAUUUGGUUGUAACAUCUAGUAAUCGGCGAUGUUAGACGCUCAUCCUACAGAUAUAUUUUCCAGCAGAGACCUUUGUACAGGUUGAAUCUAGUGACCAAGUGUAGAUAACGGAGGCCACAGUCCCACAGCGGGAACAGACAACACCUCUAAGGAAGGGACCAUAUAUAUAAUAUAUAUGAAAUGUACAUUAACAGCGUACAUGGAUUUUGUAUUUAUAACUGGUAUCCUUUGAUCUAUGUGCAUUACCAGAAACUAUUAUGCAUGCCUUGUUCUUUUGAUUUUUAAUGAUCAUUAUUCCAGAGAGUAAAACAGGAGGGGGGGUAAAAAAAAAAAAAAAAAAGAUGCCAAAAUUUGGGAUGAGAGCUGAUUGUCAUGUUUUUUGUUUUUUUUUUUUUUUUAACAGAAACUAUGAAUUUGCGCGUAAUACACACUUUUUUUCUGUCCCCGUCCCUUUUGUGUCUCUUUCAAUUCCCUCAUGACGAGCUGUCCCAGUAAAGGGUGGGACCUGCUGUUGUUUGCAUCAUAAAAAUGUAAUAAAUGUUUUCAAUGAAUAACAGGC